GUGUAACAGAAGAAGAAAAAAAACAUACGAAGAAGCAGGAAGGCGUAAUGUAAAUAUGUGAUGGCGGUUAUGCAGACUUGCUCAAAUACUCCCUACCUCUUGUGAAAUAGCUGGUCUUCUUUUUACGGUAAAUAAAUGUCGUUCGUUACUUUACAACGCCUCUUUUUGGCCCUCGAAAAACUCGACAUUGUUCGAAGGAAGAAGAGAGAUGAAGGUUGUCCGCACCAUCAGCUCUGAUUCCGACAGCGAUGAAGACUGCUCGGAUGUGGAAUUUGUGGGCUCCUACCACAUCUCUGUCGCCGAGCCAAAGUCCACCACGACUGUGCUAGUUGAUGUCCAAGAUGCCACCAUCAACCCAUCUGCACCGACAGGGGAGAGAGAAGCAACAAAGGCUCUUCCAGAUGUGAAGUUGCAUGAAAGACGAACAAAAUUCAAUGAGAACACUUUGACGAAAAAGGCCAAACAAGAGGACAGCGUACUAAAAAGAACGUGGAAGCAUGACCCUUCAAAUGAACUUGAUAUACAUAUACAAAAAUCUUCUAAGCAGGGCAGAAUACCAAAAAAACAUCCUUUUCUAGAAACGAGAGUGACAGAAGCCACACGUUCAGGACAGAACACUUCUCUUAGUUUAAGUGAAGACGCCACGCAGAGGUCAACGUGUCCCGGACAACCGCACAGCGUUCAUGCAGAUGAAAUGGAUGACGCCCCACUCACCCCUGCCUCAUGUUACACAAACAACAACCAAGAAGACCUGAUGUCCAUACGCGACCAUAAACAAGAUGGGACCACCAUUUUGCAAAGAGCGACAGAGGACGUGAGUGAUGGCGAGUCACACAGGUCUGAUCACCUGUCCCAGAGCGUUCCUGUUGACUCUCCUUGCUCCAUAUCGAAAAGUGAAGAUUUGGAUGGCUGUUGGGCAGGUGGCCGUGAAGCGGAGCUCGACAGUCCAACAUAUUUCAUGUGGCAAGGGGAGAGUGAUGGCGAAGGAAAUGCUGAUGUUGAAUUCAGGGGGGCCAGUCAGGAUGAAAGGCAUUUUGUGUGCCCACGUGCAUGCCAGAUAGUAAUGGAUGGAUUAGCAAAUACUCUGGUGCAUGAGGAAAAUGUGAAAUGUGACAAAUCAAUAGUUGGGUGCGAGCAAAGACUCAGCCAAGUUUACAUCACCAUGGACGAGAACUACCACGAAGGCACAUUGCAACUUUUGUCGGACCUCCUACAACCUGGUUAUUGUCUUCCCAAGGAUGUCAUGUCCCACGUGCUAAGAGGCAUCCUGCUGGACUCACAGUGUCCCCGCCAUCUUUGCGUGCGGGCCUGGAAUCUGUUGAUGAGGACACAAAGACACCACCUGGUGGAUAAAAAGACAGUACCUUGGAGCUGGGAGAUGUUGACGGCAGUCAUGUCCGUUCAGGAUGAGAAAGAGAAGCAUCACCCUGUGGUAGUGCGCAUGCUCCUGGAGUAUGUUGUGCAGACUUUGGAGGAUGACUUCUAUCACAAAAAGUCCACGUCUGAACUCCAUCACUCAAUCGCAAGAGCUACAUUGUCAUGCAAUCAGCACUUCCCACAAGUACAGGAUGUCAUUAAGUGGUUGUUUUCUGCCAUUAUGAAAUCGACUGAAAGUGAAAAGAGUAAUGAAACCGCCAGAGAGAAAGAUGAGCAUAUCAGAAUCGUGUCCAUUCUCCAGAGGAUGCUAUGUCUGGCUUUAGAGGUGGAUCGUUCUCCUGCACUCAGUGCACCGAAAUUGUCCAAGGAGCUCUUUUUUACACUCAUGAGCAUCGAGCCCCUGCGAGCACACAGGCUCCUGCUGCUGGACAGCCUGCAGAGUCACCUGCUCAGAUGGAAGCUGCUGGAACAUCUACUGGACCAAGCGUGCCCACUGAAAAGGACUGUGCCAAUGUCGCGCAGUGUCUUGUUGCACUUUUUGGAGAACUGCACACUGUCUGCAGACCCAACGGAUGAUGGUGAACGUUGGAAGAAAUGGGAGGAGUUGGUUCAACACCUCUGGAUGUUGCUCGUCAGCUACAAUACAACAAUGAAAGGAUAUCUGUACAGCUCAGUCAGCAAGGAAAUAAGCCGGCCGGGAUCCUGGGUCUACAAGGCCGAUGAUAUGCUAACAAAGGCGGCCAUUUGUAAAUCUGUGGAGGCCUUCCUGUCCAGAUCCCAGGCAGACAUCGGUCAUGCCUUGCCGCCUCACGUGGAAGAGUCCCUCACUUAUUUACAGGACUUUCUGCUCGAUGUCUGUGAAUGUUAAAUUUGGUCAUUAGGCCGCAGUGACCAUUCAUGAACAUUUCUGGCUGACAUUGUUUUGUUAGAUCGGGGAUAUGAAUUAUGAAGACCAACUGUCAGAGUUUUUAACUCAGACAGUUGACAAAGGCCCGAACACAGGAACAGAUCCACUUUCACUGCCGGCCGGAGGUGCAGUUCUCCGUGAAGCCACUCAGUGUGCGCUUGCCACUGCCGGACUUUUUUAUUGAUUGUAUAUGCAAAUUACAAGAAACAUAUCAGAAAAACACUCCCAUCUUCAUGAACAUGACACACCUCUGGACGGCCCCAUUGCGUCGCCCCUCAGACAAAUCAUUUUCUUGGUACCAGCACCAACAUCCAAAAACUAACAGACGUGUACAUUUCAAUGAGUGGUUUCUCCUUGAAUUGAAAUGUCUGUAAUCUGGCUCGUGACCCUUUCUCAUGAUGGAGUGUUCGAGUACUCCCUUCCGUUCAAGGUUAAAUCUUCCUUUCCAAGUUGUCAGACAACAGGCACCAGUGUGUCUACUAAUGAGGGUUAAAUCUUUCUCUCUGAGAUGUAGUGAGGUACCAUCUGCUCGGGUCCCUUGAUCUCUCUAUGCUUCCAUUGUGUGCAAGAUGCUCUGAACACAAGCAUUUCAACAUCAAUCAAGCAUGUAACAAGAUGAAACUUUAUAACAUGACAA